UGACUACUAGGGCAACAACACUAAAUUGCGACCCUGGCUGCUAAUCUUGUCGCGUUGGAAACGCCCAACUAAGCUCUUGUGAUUGACGUCUCUACUAGCCAAUUGUGACUCUCGCUUGUUUGAUUUGCCUUCUGUUCAACCAAUUGGCACACUUCAGCUAAACUGGUGCAUUUCCAGUUCGGUAGAGAAGGAAAGAAGGGGGAAGAGCGAGUUGUUGCACUGCAGGUCGCAGCAGCUGUUUGAUCCUUGGUUAUUUAAUUCCACCUAUCAACACGCCCUUGUCCCUAUAAUAAAUAUCAACUUCCACAGCUCACAGGGGCCAGUUUUGUGCUUCUCUCUCCCUGCUGCUGCUGCCACCUGUUCCCCGGACCGAGGUGCCCACCCCACCUCUUUCGCUGUCAGAAGACCAUGGAGACAGAAAUUGAACAGCAAGAAGAUACUUCAUUUGGCAACACAGAGACUAAUGGUAAGCGCCCUGCUGAGGAUGCAGAUGAGCAGAAAUCAUUUAAGCGCUCCAGGAACUCAGACGAGAUGGUUGAGCUUCGCAUCCUCCUGCAGAGCAAAAAUGCAGGAGCUGUAAUUGGGAAAGGUGGCAAAAACAUCAAAGCCCUUCGUACAGACUACAAUGCCAGUGUGUCAGUCCCAGACAGCAGUGGGCCUGAGCGCAUCCUGAGUAUCAGUGCCGACAUCGAGACAGUUGGAGAAAUUCUGCUGAAGAUCAUCCCCACACUGGAAGAGUACCAGCAGUACAAUGGCAUGGAUUUUGACUGUGAGCUGCGCCUGCUGAUCCAUCAGAGCCUGGCUGGCUCAAUUAUUGGAGUGAAAGGAGCCAAGAUCAAAGAACUCAGAGAAAACACAAAGACCAGCAUUAAGCUGUUUCAGGAGUGUUGUCCUCAGUCGACAGACCGAGUGGUGCUGGUUGGCGGUAAAACAGAGAGGGUUGUGGAGUGUAUCAAGACUAUGCUGGAGCUCAUUGCUGAAGCUCCCAUAAAGGGCCGUGCACAGCCCUAUGACCCUAACUUCUACGAUGAAACGUAUGAAUACGGUGGUUUCACCGUGAUGUUUGAAGAGAGGGGAGGCGGUCGCAGGCUUAUGGGAGGGUUCCCCAUGCGUGCGGGCAGGUCCAGUGGUGGAGACCGUGGGUUUGACCGAAUGCCCUCUAGCAGAGGUGGACGGGGACCCAUGCCUCCUGCCCGCCGGGAGUAUGAUGAGAUGAGCCCCCGCCGAGGUCCUCCUCCACCCCACCCGAGUAGGGUUGGCAGGGGGAGUGGCCGUGGACGCAACAUGCCCAUGGGACACCCACACAGAGGAGGAGAAGAUCGUUACUAUGACUCUUACCGUGGCUCAGAUGACAGGUCAAAUGACAGAAGAGGCAGACCGGAUCGCUAUAGCGAUAACAUGAGUGGAGGAGGAUAUGAUAACAGUUCUUCCUGGGAUAGCUACCAGUCAGGUGGACGUGGCUCCUAUAAUGACAUGGGUGGCCCUGUCAUCACCACACAAGUGACAAUCCCUAAAGAUCUUGCUGGUUCUAUCAUUGGUAAGGGAGGCCAGCGGAUUAAACAAAUCCGCCAUGAGUCAGGAGCCUCCAUCAAGAUCGAUGAGCCACUGGAAGGUUCUGAGGACCGAAUAAUUACCAUUACUGGCACCCAGGAUCAGAUCCAGAACGCCCAGUACCUUCUACAGAACAGUGUGAAGCAGUACUCUGGUCAUUUGCUGUAGACCCAGGAGACUCAGAUUGAAGCAGACUCAGAUUGACCCCUCCCCCCCUCCCCUCAACCUUUCUGCCCCUGUCUAACUCAUCCCCUUCAGACUAUAAAUCUGGAUUAUGGGUGUCUUUUUUAAUUUUAUUUUUGUAUUUUUUAAUGAAAUGUCCAACAUUCCUGUGCACAAAA